AGGCAGUUUCAAGGGGACCCAAACUGGGCGUUUCUUAGACGCUACCUCAACAAAAAGUUAUGCUUUUGAGGAAGUUUUUACAAACGGCGGUCAUUACACAACAACUCCAGGAGUGCAGAGCGACAUUAACAUAAACAACUCGGUGAAGAAGUUAUAAACACGGUGUCGGGUUAUGGUGCAGCGGUGUUUGUUGCAGGCUGGUGUGGCUGGAACAGCCCUGGCUUAAGUUAACGCUAGUUUCGCAUAAUGUGCGUGUCGGUUUUAUUUUUAUCUUUAAACAGUUUGAGCUCAUAUGAAAGCAAAAUAUACAGCAUUUCCAAGGUAAAUGGCCUACUAUGUCUUUACGUGGUAUCUAAGAAUAGCAUAUUUGACUAAAAUAACUCCGGAGUUGCUAGCUUGCUAGCAAGCAGCGUAGCUCAGUUUUGAGUAACUUUGUUGCAGGCUACUUUAAGGGACCAUCGUCAAACUUGUAGACGCAUUGAGAGGGUGUGUUGUGCGCGUUCAUUCCCUCACUGCGCCACUUUAAGUGAAAUGGGAAGCCUUGAAACCUCCAUGUUUGUAUCUUGAAAUUGUGAGCGGAGUUGAGCACCAUAUUGAAUCAAAGUUGCCAUCUCCUUGACAAAUGUUUUACAACUUUGAGUCUUCAAACGUUAGCGGCUUUCCGAGCGGAAAACAGCAACCGAAGUGAAAUGGACGCGCUGUAGGCGACUUGUUGCGAUGUUUUCCGGGGCGCUUCAGCUUCGUUUUCGUACAUGUUAAGUUGGUUUAAUGCAGCACCGAGUCAGCGAACAAUUUCCAACUUUUAAGUGUGAGGUCAGCACUCUGGACCAGACCUGGAUGUGAUGGACAAUCCGUCCUCAGUAAUCACCCAAGUCAGCCGGGAUGAAGAGGGAACUAAGUCCGCAGGAGAGAGGGCUUCUUCACCCUCGGUGUCCUCCAAGAAGCCCAGGAGCAGAGGCCUCUUCUCCAGCCUUUUGUGCUGCCUGUGUCGGGACCAGCCGGAGCCCCCGCCUGUCAACAACAACGCCCCUCUGCUGGUCGAGGAGAACGGGACCGUCUCCAAGAUCCAGGUGAAGCCACUGCUGCCUCCAGUGAAGUCAAAAGACUCUGGAAAGAUCUGUGUGGUUAUAGAUCUGGACGAGACGUUGGUUCACAGCUCAUUUAAGCCGGUGAACAAUGCAGAUUUCAUCAUUCCUGUGGAAAUAGAUGGAACAGUACACCAGGUGUAUGUCCUGAAGCGGCCCCAUGUCGAUGAGUUCCUGAAGAGAAUGGGCGAGCUGUUUGAGUGUGUCCUGUUCACUGCCAGUUUAGCCAAGUAUGCGGAUCCCGUCUCCGACCUCCUGGACAAGUGGGGCGCGUUCCGCUGCCGCCUUUUCCGGGAGUCCUGCGUCUUCCACCGAGGUAAUUAUGUCAAGGAUCUGAGUCGCCUGGGUCGCGACCUGAACAAGGUGAUCAUCGUGGACAACUCCCCCGCCUCCUAUGUCUUCCACCCCGACAACGCGGUGCCUGUGGCCUCGUGGUUCGACGACAUGUCCGACACCGAGCUGCUGGACCUCAUCCCCUUUUUCGAGAGGCUGAGCAAAGUGGACAACGUCUACACAGUCCUCAAGCACCAGUCGACCGCAAGCUAACAGUGUUCGACUUCUCAUCUCAGCUCCGAACAAAAACGGCGUACAAACCAGAAAAAUGCACACACCAGCGAGGCUCCUGCACCAGCUCCAACUUAUCACUGCUCGCCACAACACAGACUGCUCCAUGGCUGCCAGAGCCCUCACUCUCCCAAGAUCAUGUUUGGGAGUCUUCACUGACUUUGACGGCGUCAUCACUGCCACCUCCUGGUCAAACAGAGAACUGCCUGAAACUUGCCUUGUAACUUUUUCCCCUUAUCAGCACACCGUGAACCAGCUGAUGUGAGUGAACGGAUGGAUGGGUGAAUGUUUAAGGACAUUUCUGUGGUGUCAAUGAACUUGCGGUAGAGUUGUCAAAGCAGAUGUCUGUAGCCACGAAUCCUCUGGACGCGGACCUGGUACUGGACAUAGACUUCUCUCAUGGAUACAGCAGUCUGAACAGAUGCAGGAUUUGAUAAUCAGGAAUCGAAGUGGAAAGGAAUUUUUGGAAACGUGCAAAUAAACUUGAUCAGUCUUGUUUGUUGACGGAGCAGAUGGUGUAUACGUACUGUAUAUGUCUUUGGAAUAGCAUUAUCUUUGUCACACACCCUAAUUACGUCAGUUGUCACACUAUGUGUCUGCAGUCAAAAGCAUGUGAUGCUCGGGUGUCAUUUUGGAGUUUUUAGAGUGACGUGAUCAAGUCUUUUUAAAUAAUCGUGACAGUGUUAAGGAUGAAUCUGAUCAAAAGUUUAUUAAACCCUGGUGUGGGUUUGUGAUGUCAAGUAUAGUCGACAGUGUAUAGUAGAGUCCUCCCUUUCAGUGCAGCGUAGAAACUCAUUUUAGUACAGUUUGUGUACUAAACCCAUCCUAAAAAACUGGAUAAUUAUUGGGAAUUUACUACUGUUAUCCAUGGAAACCACUAUAGUCCGUUUAUAAAACAAUUUAUAUUUUUUUCUUCAGCGAAAAUGGUUAUGUACCAAAAACACAAGCCAAGUCCUGUUAGCAAAACUGUCAGCACUGGAACAAGUGAUGACUGCAGUGUUUUUUCCCAAAAAACCUGACACUAAUAUGAAUAUCAAUCCAUCUGCAACAUGACCGUGAAAGAGCAGCUGCUAUGUUUAUCAGACAAGGAUUUCCAAUGGUGGCUUGAAUGCAACGUAAUGCCACCCGUGAGUCAAUGAAAUGUCAUGAACAGUUGAGUCCGGAGAUGAGAGGACCAGGAUCGGCUUUUAAAACCGGUCUUUGUUAAUUUUGCACCCAAACGGGUAUCUGAUUUGUUCGGUUCCUUGUUUUUAAGCCACACACAAAACUUGAAUCUCUCACAGCAUUUACAGACUGUAUUUACAUGGUUGUAUGAUUUUAAAAAAAAAAAAAGAAAAAUUACGAGCUUGGCUUGUCAGUUUGGUUCUCAUGAGCUUCUUUUUUUCCUAAGCGGUA